AUGGCUCUGCUGACAUCUACCAAUCGCAGAUCUUCGUCCUCUUCGUACCGCUACAGCAGCUCCAGCUCCUACCGGUCAGAGGGCUCACUGGGGGGAUCUCCUGACUCUCUGGAUCCUCUUUUUGAGUCAUACUUAGAUUCAGCUGAUCAUUCUGGUCUGUUUGGAGAUGUGGGACCUGCAGCACCCAACUGUUUGCCGCCACACAGCCGCCAUAGACGAUCUUCUUUUGGAAGCAGUAGUGGUGCAAUGACAGGCCGUCAGAGCAGCAGCGGUGGGGGGGUCCGAUGUGUGGGAGACGUCUACUACAUGUCUGCUGACGUCAGCCAGUUUGAGCCCCAUGACGUAGUGGUGAUGGCCUACAACCACCAGGUCGUCAUUCACGCCGCAAAGGUUAUGGAUGAUGGGACCGUCGGUGAUACUUUUACCCAUAAGUCCUUGUUCCCAGAUGAUAUGGACCCCCUGUCCAUCUGUGGGACCUUCAGCCCAGACGGAGUCCUGGUGGUCCGUGUCCAUCGGACCACUGCUCUGGGAGAGCCGGAGCCACUGGCAACUCCAGUCUACCGCAGCGAAGCUCACCUUUGA